AAACUGGAUGAAGAUUCUCCCUCACUCAGACAUCGACAACUUCUGCGCUCCUUGUUAUAUAUACUUCAUUUACUUUCACAUUUUUCACUUUCCCUGGCGUUUUUCUACCUUGGAUUUCAAUUUGUUUAAAUUGGACCUUAGAAUUUUCAAUCAUGGGAAGGUACUCAAGGUACGCUAUAAAGAAAGAAACCUUCCAAUUCACCAGGUUAGAGAUGCAGUUGCUGAUUUGAAUGCUCAAGAGUUGAUUACAAAGAAGAACAAGCUUCGAAGCCGACAGAAGAAAUUGAAAGCAUGUGACCUCUCUUCCCUCACAGAGCUCCUCCCUGAGUUGAAGCCUCCCCGGCAAUCAAAACCUGCUGCUGAGUGUAAAUUGAAUUCUAAAUCAAGGAAAAAACAAAUGUGCGUGCUUCACUUAUGUUUUAUCUUGUCAAAGUUUUCUUCUUUUCCAUUGCGUUAUCUUAUAUGAACCUUUGCUAUGUGACAAUGGUUUGUUCCUAUCAGAUUGCAGGGAAACGGUUGAGUAUGGUUCUUAACCAUCAGGCUUUCCAGGCAGAUCCCCUGGGAUCCGUUCAUCAACACUACUGAGCACAGAACCUGUUGCGGAGGAGAAGCCGAAUUAAAAAAUAAACUAAAAAGGAGGGAAGAAAGUCAAAGGGAAAAAUUGAAAGCAUCAAUUGCACCUCAGUCUAUGGAUUUCUGAUGAGCCAUAAUGUCCAUAUCGUACCCUAAGAACUCAGUUACUCAAAAUUUUGAUUAUUGCUUCCCUCGCACGUUUAAUCGUGUUGAAAAUUGUAAUCAGGCGGUCAGUCCUAUAGGAUGCUCCAUCUCUGGAGUGGUGUAAUUGAACCUCUUUUUCUGGACACAUUUUACAUGACAAUAUAUGGGGGCAUAUCCUUCUGUUGUAGCCAUCUGCAUUAUGCCCGGAAUAAUUACUUUUCAGCUGGAAGUGCAAGGACCAAGUCACAAAUGUAUCCGAGCAUUCAAGUUUAAAUGAAAAUUGGAUGGUCAAUCAUAUUCCUCA